GCUGCUUGAAUGGGCCUCAGGGCGAAGUGAAGAUUAAUGAGAUUCGGGGAAUGCUCUUUAUGCAACUAAUGCCUCUGGCUAGAGCGCGGUGUUCGCCGUCGAGAGGUAUCCUAGCGGCUGGCCCUAGUCCAUAAAGGUUCUCUGGGGUGGACCCAGUUUCUAUUGGAGGAAAGUCGGACGCGUGUUCUUGUUUGGAAUGACGAAGGCGCUGCGAUUCUUCGUGGUCUUCAGCCUGACUCUCAGAGUCUCCCAGUCACGCUGGUGUGCUGGAAUGGAUCGUUCCGCUGAUGUCGAAACUGACCAAAAUAUAAGAUUUCAAAGGGCCAAGUCAAGACCAGGAGUUCUGUGCAAAACUCGAUUGCGAAAUUCAAAAAUUGUCGUGCAAUUGUGAAAUUCAAAAUUCGCCUCCAGACGGGAUGUGUACACAUGGAGUAGCAGAGUGGUGGGGUGAAAGCAGAAAAAAGGUCAACCGCUUUCAACAGCGAUGACUCCGCAGAAAGUUCCUGAUGAAAGUGCCAACAUCGCGAUGCUCUUAAAGGGCACACGCUGUGCAUGAAAAUAGCAGGGUCGAUACGAGCUUGAAAACGGAAGUCGCCACCCAACUACACCGUCUAUCAUUUCUCUGGCAAUCUCUCCGAUCGUUGUACUCAAGUUACUUACGAAAAUAAACUAGCUCGUGGCGAACUAAGAGAGUGGGGGUGUCUCCGCAGAUCCCGACUGGUAGCAUAACUGAAUCGGUGCGUAGAACAACCUCUCUUGUUGCAGGAUUAGCAGACAGACAAAGUCGGAAUACGUUUGGCAGCACAGAUUGAGAACUAGAGUGAGGAGAUCGACCGGGGUUGUCCAAUGGCUUCUGCUGGGGAUGUUACGAGGGCCGCGCUUCCCAGGGCCCAGCCCCGCGCUGAAGGGCCAGCCUGCGUGCUAGGCAUCGGCACUGCGGUGCCUCCCGCGGAGUUUCUGCAGAGUGAGUACCCCGACUUCUUCUUCAACAUCACCAAUUGCGGCGAGAAGGAAGCCCUGAAGGCCAAAUUCAAGCGCAUCUGUGACAAGUCGGGCAUCAGGAAGCGCCACAUGUUCCUCACGGAGGAGGUGCUCAAGGCCAACCCAGGCAUCUGCACGUACAUGGAGCCCUCCCUGAACGUCCGCCACGACAUCGUGGUCGUCCAGGUCCCCAAGCUCGCCGCCGAGGCCGCCCAGAAGGCCAUCAAGGAAUGGGGCGGCCGCAAGUCCGACAUUACCCACAUCGUCUUCGCCACCACCUCGGGCGUCAACAUGCCCGGAGCCGACCACGCCCUGGCCAAGCUGCUCGGCCUGAAGCCCACUGUGAAGCGUGUCAUGAUGUACCAAACCGGGUGUUUCGGCGGUGCAUCCGUGCUCAGAGUGGCCAAGGAUCUAGCCGAAAACAACAAGGGCGCCAGAGUGCUGGCAGUAGCGAGCGAGGUGACCGCAGUCACAUACCGAGCCCCGAGCGAGAACCACUUGGACGGGCUUGUGGGCUCAGCUCUGUUCGGCGAUGGCGCCGGCGUGUACGUGGUUGGAUCCGACCCCAAGCCUGAGGUAGAGAAGCCAUUGUUCGAAGUGCACUGGGCUGGAGAGACCAUCUUGCCAGAGAGCGACGGAGCCAUCGAUGGACAUCUCACCGAAGCGGGGCUCAUCUUCCACCUCAUGAAGGAUGUACCCGGGCUCAUCUCCAAGAACAUCGAGAAGUUUUUGAACGAGGCCAGGAAGCCAGUGGGAUCACCGGCAUGGAACGAGAUGUUCUGGGCGGUGCAUCCCGGAGGUCCAGCCAUUCUCGAUCAGGUGGAGGCGAAGCUGAAGCUGACGAAGGACAAGAUGCAAGGGAGCAGGGACAUAUUGUCCGAGUUUGGCAACAUGUCUAGCGCCUCUGUGCUGUUUGUGUUGGAUCAGAUUCGGCACAGGUCUGUGAAGAUGGGUGCGUCCACUUUGGGCGAGGGCAGCGAGUUCGGAUUCUUCAUUGGCUUCGGACCAGGACUGACACUGGAAGUGCUUGUGCUCCGCGCCGCUCCCAACUCCGCUUAGAUUCCACCCCACCUCUCCUUUUUACUCCCCAUUCUCACCAAUUUGUAUCAUAUCAUAUUAUUGCAUAGCAUUGCAUAGCAUAGCAUAGCAUAGCAUAGAAGUGUGCAAUUCAAUUUCAAUGGUAUUGCUUCCUGAGCUAGAGUUCGCGCUUAAUUUAAAAGAGAAAUCAGGUUAUCGAAUCAACCUACGUUCUUGCUUCAGCGAGCUCUUUACACACUCUGAAAUCUAGGGUUCCACUGUUUCGUAUCCGGAACCUGAACGAUCUGGCGCCUGUGGGUAUAUUUCUCUCGCUGUGCUAAAUUGGCAGUGCAUCUACUCUAGCGUUCUUAUUGUUCACUCAAUUUAUUUCUGGAAGACAGGAGUUUGGCAAUGUAUAGUCACAAUGCAAUCAGAGGUGCGAAGUACAGUCUUAUUUAGAAAAUUAGGGCUGGAAGAAGAUGAAGUGGGAGUGUGUAGUGCGCAUUGUGCCGAUGGAUCUGAAAUUCAUCAGGAAUGUAAUUCAUCGGUGAUCUCCGGACCAUGUGUUCGUUUGAGCUUUUAUAAUUGCAGCCUCUAAGUCAGCUGCGAUUGUUCGACACUACCCACUGUUUCUUUGAGCUGUUUCUCGUCACUUUUGAAUCUGUUGCUGUAGCAUUGGAAACUGAGAAGAGAAGGGUCUGCAAGGAAUUGGUUGGUUGCAUUGAACUCAUGGUAGCAUGGCCCAGCCAACAAUUAAUGAAAACUGUGAUUUGUUGUCUGUCGGUCAUUGAGAAAGUUAAUCCUC